AUGGCUCCCAAAGCGAUCAUCGCCCCGUCAAUUCUAUCGGCAGACUUUGCCAACCUGGGUGCCGAAUGUUCCAGGACGAUCGAGCAGGGCGCCGACUGGCUCCAUGUCGACAUCAUGGACGGCCACUUCGUUCCCAACCUCACCUUCGGCCCCCCCGUCGUCGCUAAGAUCCGCUCCCACGUCGACAAGCCGACCGAGAGCCACGGCAAGGGCACCUUCGACUGCCACAUGAUGAUCGCCGAGCCCAAGAAAUGGGUCAAGGAGUUCAAGGCCGCCGGCUGCGACCUGUACUGCUUCCACUACGAAGCCGCCGUGAACUCGACCGCCGCCGAGAGCCCCGAGGCCCACUCCGAGCACAAGACGUCGCCGCGCGAGCUGAUCCGCUACAUCCACCAGCAGGGCAUGCUGGCCGGCAUCGCCAUCAAGCCCGCCACCAAGGCCGACGUGCUCUACGAAGUGCUGGAUAGCCCCGACGAGACCGAGAGGCCGGAUAUGGUUCUAGUGAUGACGGUCGAGCCCGGGUUCGGCGGACAAAAGUUCAUGGCCUCGGAGCUGCCCAAGGUGGAGGCGCUGCGGGCACGGUACCCGGAUUUGAACAUCGAGGUUGACGGUGGAUUGGGGCCCGGCACCAUCGACCAGGCAGCCGAUGCCGGAGCGAACGUCAUUGUUGCGGGGAGCGCUGUGUUCGGAGCCAAGGACCCCGCCGGCGUCAUUGCGCUGUUGCGCGAGGCCGUUGACAAGAGGACCGGGAAGUUAUAA